AUGGAACCUAUUGAGCAUGAUGAACCAAUAUUUGAACUUGCUGUUGAAUGUGAAAGGCUAUAUGCAGAGCAGAUUUCGAGACUAAAUGACGACGACGAGCCAAAUGGUGCAACCAUGCUUUCGGAGCUGAACCAGCGAUUUGCCGCUUGGGCAGCCUUCCUAGGUGUCUUUGCGGAAUCGAAAAUGUGUUUGGAUCGCAGGCUUCGGCACCAUGUCGAAAUCCAAGAUCAGGUGCUCCUUCUACUAGACAUCAUGCAGAGGAACCUAGCCUACUUAUUUGAACCGGACUCUCCGGAACGCAUGGAAAUUGAGCCAUCCGACGUGCGCCAGCCCCUCCGUGUUCGUAUGUCCAGCCUGGAGGCAAUUUCUGGAGCCAUCGAGCGCCUUAACCAUCUCGGAAUCGCCAUCCGACAGUCAUCAGUGACAAGUCAAACAACAAAGAUCAGAAAGUUCGCAGAGACACAUGACUUCACCUCUUUCGAAGAAAUCGCAUAUUUAUCCCUCAAAGCACUCUAUGCUGACGCAAGCGAUAGCCUCCUUGAACAGCUCACCCAGUACAUGACGGAGACAAACGCCCAGUUCCUUCGUCGCAAAUCUCGCCAGGAACAACUCCAAGCCCCACGAUCACAACCCCGAACAUCAAGACCACUAUACCCUAUCGCGGAGCAGCCGGCUGCAGAUACCGAUAACGGAAGCCCCAUAGAUCUCGAGAUGGAAGAACCUCCGCCAAGCACAAGUUUGACUGCAAAGGCACUCCGAUCUCCACAGCGUCAGGCAGUUCGCAUGUUGCCUCACUCUGAGCCUACGUCUGUGGACACCCAGGAAGUCAAAAACAAGUUCAAAAAAAUGUUGAGCCCCUCUCUAAGAGACAAAACAAUGUCUAUCCUGGCAAAUCAGGUAGACUAUCCCCGAUCAGCCAAAGGAAGCUUGACCUGCGAGUGGUGCUUUAGUCCCCUCCAGACAGACUCAUUGAAGGGAGUUAAGUGGCGGCAACAUGUGAAUGAAGACCAUAAGCCUUACGUUUGUAUCUCAGAGAAGUGCUCCGAAUCAUUUCCCGGAUUUGCGACCUCGACGCAAUGGUUCCAGCACAUGCUUACCACUCACGGCCCAAACUGGCAUCGGGAAGUGCACGCACCGUCUUCAUGGGCUUGCCCGUUGUGUACGGAGGAAGACGUUAAUUUUUCCAAGCCGAGCGACCUUACCGCGCACCUUGAAAAUUUCCAUGAAGGCACUUUUACGGAGUCUCAAAUUCAGGCCAUCGUGCAGCAAAGUCGGUUUCGAUUGCCUCGUCCGCGAGAUAUGUGCCCUCUCUGUUGUCUUUUCAUAGAGGACCAACAUGAUCCUCGGUCUAAGGAAGCAGGCAAUGGCAGUGGAGAGUCGUCUUCCAAGAAACCGCACUACAAUGCAAACUCGGAAGGUAGCCACAAGCGUAACAAGACAGAAACUGGCCACACACGGUCAGAUCAGAACAGUGAAGACCGCCUUGAAACAAGAAUAGAGCAGGGAGAAUCAAAGACUACAGUCGAUCCAUGCUCCAGCAAUCCCGUCAGUGUCGAAGUGAUUGCGAGCCAUAUAGCUGCACAUCUUCAGGGUGUCAUGCUUCUCACACUGCGCUUAAUAUCCAUAGAUGUCGUAAUGGACGUUUCAGCGGAUACCUGGAGUGCGUCUGGCGCAACUGACCAUCAGUCGUCGUACGUCGGCUCAGGCAAGAGAGACAUCGAUCAGGAGAUGGACAAUAUAGAGAACUUCUCACUAUAUGGAGAUGGCAAUAUUGACCUCGGCAAUAUCCUUUCUUCGGAAGACAUAGUCCCGGAUUCUGAGCACAUUGAUUGGCAUGGUGUCCCUCGCCAUUAUGAAGCUCGCCUGGAGGAUAACCCCCCGCUCGAGGGGAUUCCUUCAGGAACAUCUAAUGCAUACAAAGACUUGGGCAACGAGAUAUACGAACAUGUAUUCAGCAGACUGGAGAGGAGAGAUGACGCGAAGCUUUGCUUUCUCGCCAAGGGAACCGCCAAGGAGAUGCUAAAUCGUGAUAAUCUGUUGCGCUUCUUCCGCAGCAUUAUCUUGCCCGGACACACAGCGAUGGACCAGUUCCACUUCACGGAAGAAGAUUUUGUCAAAAGGAUACAAGAAAGACAGCUUCAUGAUUGGCUGGUCAUUCUGAUGUUUGCAGAUUGCGGCAUCAAGGCAGCCCGGACUCUUGCCACUAAGCUUGCGGCGAGGAAUAUAAUGCCAGUGCUGGGAAAAUGGGGGAAAAUAACUUAUACCUUUUAUCCCCUACCGGCGAAUCAUGAAGAGCUCAUGAAAUUGUUUGGCGAUAAGGUCACCGCAACAAGGUUCUUCAUGAAUCAAGCGUUUUUCUGCCCCGUGGUGAUUCGCAUGGGGGAGGAAGUCCGGGUCCAAACCCCCGAAGAGCAGCGUCUGCCUUAUUUGGAGGAGCAGGAGCUUGGACAGGGGGACUACGGCACAACAUUCAAAGUCAGAAUCGCCAAGGGCCACUUCUAUAAUCCUCAAGCCAGAACAACAAAUGUCGAGCCUGUGGAAAUGGCACGCAAAGACUACAUCAUCAGUGAUAAUUUCAACGCGCAGGAGCGAAGCGAGAUCGCGAAGUUUUUCACCAAGCCUACUCUGAGGUGCGAAAAUAUUCUCGAAAUCUAUGGCAGCCUUGACCUCGGCCGGACGUACAGUUUAUUCAUGCCCCUCGCCACCUGUGACCUCUGGACCUACAUGAUGGAGUCUACAAACACUCCUAGUACCAUCAUGGAGAAGGCAGAGGUUAUCUUCUCUGCCGUGGGACUUGCGGACGGGCUGAGCUUUCUUCAUAAUGAGCUAAUAAUAUCUGAUAUGGGAGAUAUGGUCUGUUACCACAUGGACCUUAAUCCCAGGAAUAUCCUAAUCUUCCGAGAGAUCCAGAAUGGAAAACCACGUUACAUCUGGAAGCUAUGCGACAUCGACCUAGCACGUCUAGUAACCCUGCGUCUUGGGCAGGACGGCGAGACAGCGAAAGGUUCCAACUCGUUCGACGAAGACGAAGCGGUUAUUGGUCAACGUCGAGAAGGCACGUACCUGGCACCCGAAACAGUUUCUUCGACUCAAAGCAUGACGGCAAAGAGUGAUGUCUGGUCCCUGGGGUGUGUUAUUAGUGUUAUUUUUGCGUGUCUAGAAGGCGGCCGCGCCGCGAUAGAACACUACGGAUUGGCGAGGUUGGAGCACCGUGCUGCGAAUCACUCCGAUUGCUUUUUCGUGCGUGGCUCAGCAGUUACGCCUAUCAAAGUUAAUCCAGCGGUCAAGUCAUGCCAUACGGAUCUCAUUGAUAAAGCACGUCAACGGAAUCCCCAUGAAGGAGACGCGGUGGAGUUCAUGUUGAGGUAUCUUGAGAACAGGGUUUUUGAGGUUACUCCAUCCAAAAGGGAUAGCGCCAGGAAAGUGCAGGAAAAUUUACUUGCAACUUCCAGGAAGUAUGAGACCUUAGGAAAAGCAAGUGACGAAAGCCCAGGAGGAACAAAAGCCAAGCCAUUUUGGCGGAAUUUGCAAUCAAGGAUAAGGACGACUCGACGGUAG